AUGGGCUCCCAGUACCGCCCCCAGGCGAGGGAUGCACGAGAGCUCGAGGCUGGUCUUCCUGUUGCGCAAUCGGAAAAAGCAGGCUUAACGUCGACACCGAGCACCCACCCCGAGCCCAGAGACCACCCACAACAAAGCAUGUUGACGCCACGGCGCCUCUUCCUGGGGCUUGCUGUCUGCCUCGUCCUCUGGCUGGGCCUGACGACAGCGGCGCCCACCCGCCAGAACUCAUGUCUGCCACCACAUGAUGUCAAAGACGCCAGCAGUGGCAGCGCGCAGGCCCCGUUGCCCGACCCCAUCAAAGACAUGGCAUCAUCGACGCAGACAGAGUCCCCGUUCGCCUGCCUGAUGGACGCCGUCUCGCCCGAGGCUCUGCAUGAGGUCCUGCACCGCUACUUCCCCAAUCGCUUCAAGGACGGCGUCUACGAGUCGGACCACUCCGCAAUGGAGGCUGUCCACCGCGCCGACCCGCCCCUCGCCACGUCAUUGGCCCGAAUCGCCAGGAGGCAGAACGGAACCGCCCCGGGGCCGACGACCUCCACCACCGCCACGCCCCCCGUGGACAACAACACCCCGACCGCGCAGCUGCCUCGCGUUACCCCAACCCCUAACACUACUCCUUCUGUCUCAACAACCUCCACCACACGCUCCCAAAGUUCCAAUCCUGACGCCGGGACUACGACUCCUCCCACCAGGACCUCGUCUUCAACCCCGCGCCCACAGAAGCCGCAGACCACUACGUACACGUCGACCGCCUCCAAUGGCGAAGUCACCGUCGUCACGGCCACCACCUUUGUCCCUGCAGAGCCUGCCGAGACCGCCGACCGCACCCAGGCCGGCGGCAGCCUCCAGACGAACGCUGCUGUCGCCAGGCCCCGCGGUGUGGGGGUCGAGGCCCUGGCUGGUGUGGUCAUUGGGGGCCUGUUCCUAAGGUUCGAGCGUAUCGGCGACAGCCUCCUUGCAUCUUACCGAGACCUCUGGGGCCUGCUGACAGGAGUCGCAGCCCAGAAUGGGACGUUCGAGAUCGUUUGUGUCAUGGACGGGCUGGACAAAUGCCGUGGCCAGGGGCGCGUCCUGAUCGCCGAGUCGCUGCACAGGUUCUAUGGCCCGACACACGUCGGCGACACCGCCCAGCAACAGCCUCCCGCCUCCGGCUGCAGGUUGAAGUUUCUCUUGACCAGCCGUCCCGAGGUCGAUCUCCAAAGCCGGCCCGAUCACGAAGUUUAUUCCAUCGAGGGUCUCAAGCCAGUUCCCGAAGGCCAAGUCCGGGCCAAGCUCGCGGAGCUAUGCGGCUCCUUGGCCACUGUCGUGGACCGGAGGGUUUAUUUUCUCCACCAGACUGCGAGGGGUUUCCUGGCUGACGCUGAUGCCAUCCGUGCUCCGCCUGAGCCUGUUGCCGCCUCCGAUAUUACCAGCGACGAGUUUGAGAACGACAGCCCCGAGAAUCCUCAGCAUGACAAACCAUGCCGGGUAAUCGCUCUACGGCGCAUAUGGAAGUCAUCUCUCAGCCCAGUGCAAGCACACCAAUGGCUCGGCAAGAUCUGCUUCACGUACCUGGCGAGUAUCGCCUGCGACCUUGGAUUCAAGCGAGGGUACAAGGAUGCUGUCCAGAUUCAAACCCAUACAAAAUUCUUCGACUAUUCACAAUACGGCAAUGAAUCGGCUGUCAAGGUCCUGAUCGACUCUGGAACCGUUGACGUUGAUGCUGAGGACUCUUCGGGUCGCACACCGCUGUCUUACGCAGCCGAAGGCGGGUUCGAACCGGUGGUUAAGACUCUGCUAAACUCUGGAACGCUUGAAGUUGAUGCCGAGGACUCAUAUUACGGCCGCACGUCCUCGGCUUUUUUGUUGUGCACGCGCCGCAUCCAUGAUCUUACACCCAAGAAACUCUCGCCGACACCACCUCAGGCCGUGGCCAAAUGA